CCCGUUCUUUCGUCGGUGGGGGAUGGAUAAUUUGGCCAGCUCGGACGUACAGCAGGAGGACCAGACCGAUAUGAUGAAAUCAGCCGGGGCGGGGGUCGUCGUCGACAGGGGCAUAGACAAGGCACGGUCGAGAUAUCCCUACUGCAUCGUCUGGACGCCCCUCCCUUUCAUCACUUGGUUUAUCCCGCUAAUAGACGAUGGCGUGACCAAUGAACUUGAUGGCAUGCCUCCGCUUCCAGGACACAUGGGCAUCGCAGACUCCCGCGGAGUGAUUUACGACUUCGCCGGGCCGUACACGAUCGGGGAGGACCACAUGGCCUUCGGGCGGCCCACCCGCUACCUCCCGCUCGAUCCGGGCCGCUGCAAGGGGGGGCAAUGGGACGAGUCAGUCGCUCAUUCUUGCGAGACCUACAGCCAGCGCAUGCACAACCUGUGCUGCGACAACUGCCACUCCCACGUCGCGCUGGCGCUCAAGAGGAUGCGGUACGCGGGCGUGGAGUCGUGGAACAUGGUGUCGCUUUGCUUCUGGAUAUUUUUCGCCGGCCGCUACGUGUCAGUCUCCGGCUUUCUGGCUCAGUGGCUUCCCUUCGGGUUGGGGCUCACGUUGUAUUUGGUUCUACGAUGAUUAAUGUGAUUCAGGAAUCACGUAUGCGAAUGUCGGUGGGA